UCGUGCGAGAGAAUUCGGAGGCGCGGCUCUGUGUGAGAAAACAAGAGAAAACAGAAAAAAAAGGGAAAAGAGAAGAAAGAGCGCGUAGAGAAAAAUCGCAUUGAUCGUCGAAAAGUUGCGUUUUCGUUCGAAAAGUCAGUGUCCGCGAGAGAGAAAAAAAGUUCCAAUCGGUCGUCAUUCGAUAAUCGUAGCUGGCGCGUUGCGCGCGCGAAGAGAUAUACAAAGCUCUGGUUAGGUAGAGAGCGACGUGGUGGUAGUGCGGUACGUACUUCAGGGGGUUGACGUUCGGCAGGCGCACAGCCCCUAGUUCCGUCGCGUUCAUUCGUUGCAACUCGCCUUCGUAACGCGUACGUAACGGAAGAGAGACGGAAAGAGAGAGAGAGAGAGAGAGAGAGUGACGGACGGGGCGGACGAGAGAAGAGUACGUCGUGUCGGAGCGCAUUAGCCGCCCGGGGUGGCGGACGCACGCACCCACGCACUUUACGCACUCGUAUAAAGCGCGACGAGCGCGAGUUGACACAACUGCGAGCGACGACUGGUUGCAAGACACGGACGACGAUCGGGCCGCCGUCUCUCUCGCCGUGUAGUCGUUGACCAUCUUGUGCGUGACCGUCGCGCGAUCGAAGAGGAUUUCUCCGUUUCAGUUUCCGGAAAAAAAAGAAAAAAAAAACAAACAAACAAAACGAAACCCUGGCGAACUCUUGAGGUUCUUUCUCUCGGCUCGAGCAACACAAGGUGGGGCGGUGAUCGAGGGGUAGUGAGGAGAGCGGUGUCUCUCGGCGUGCACUCUCAUUCCCUCUCGUCGCGUCACUUGGUUGGUCUCUCGCCACCCUCCACGCGUACACAAGAGAUCCCGUGAGCAGCCGGGAAAGUUUAACGUCGGCGGGACAGCAGAUGUCAGGAUGCCGGAGCAGAGCAACGACUACCGCGUGGUUGUGUUCGGGGCGGGCGGCGUUGGCAAGAGUUCCCUCGUGCUUCGCUUUGUGAAAGGAUCCUUUCGCGAGUCCUACAUACCGACCAUUGAAGACACUUACAGACAGGUGAUAAGUUGCGACAAAAACAUAUGCACACUUCAAAUUACGGACACAACGGGAUCCCAUCAGUUUCCCGCUAUGCAGCGGCUCAACAUAAGCAAAGGUCACGCGUUCAUCUUGGUGUACUCGGUGUGCUCGCGGCAAAGCUUCGAGGAGCUACAACCGAUCUGGGACGUGAUAAGGGAGCUCAAGGGCCAGGAUAUCUCGCAGAUACCCAUUAUGCUGGUCGGGAACAAGUGCGACGAGGCGCCGUCGGUGCGCGAGGUGUCGAUGAGCGAGGGCGCGGCCGAGGCGGCUAAUUGGGGUUGCGGUUUUCUGGAGACUUCGGCCAAGACGAACUACAACGUGGACGCCCUGUUCCGGGAUCUUCUCACCCUCGAGAAGAACCGCUCGGUGUCGUUACAGCCGGUGCAGAGCAACAACACGGCGAGACUCAAGGAGAAGUGUGCCGUCAUGUAAAAGUUCUCGCAAUAAGCGCGCGCCGAUCCGCACGUUGUCGCGGAUUAUAUACACACAUAAAUAACGCCGCGACCGACGACGACGGGGAUGUGUAUAACCGGGAGCGCGAUUAUUCGGCGAGGCUCGCGCCUACGGUUAUACGUAACCCCGGAUAUUGGUUAUUCUUCGAAGAUGGGGCCUCGCCGAUCCGUUGAUAUAUAUAAAAAUCCCAUCUCUGGUUUCGCCAACGACGGACGACUUCAUUCGCGACGCGGAAUAUCCCUGCGGAAUAUCCCUUCCGUUUUUUGAGAUAUUAUAUAAUCCCGGCGUAUUAUUCGCCGCUCGCGUACGGUGUACAUUCGAUCGAAUAGCACAGAAUUGUUUUCUUUUUUUUUCUUAAGAUUCUGGAAAAAAAACUUAGGAUUUCUGUUCCUAAGAGUAAACAAAAAAA